ACUCGCAUCCACCGCAGGCUUCACCUUGGUCGACAAACUCGCAUCCGCCGCAGGCUUCACCUUGGUCGACAAACUCGGUUCUGCCAGAGGCUUCUCUUUGGCAGACAUAUUUUCCCCCUCCACAGGCUCCAUCUUGGCAGACAUAUACUGCCCUACUGCAAGCUUCACAAUGGCCGAUAUAUUCACUACCGCAAGCUUCAUUUUGGCCGACAUAUUCUGCUCCACCGCAAGCUUCACCUAGGUCAACUAAAUCUCGUCUGCCACAUUGGUUGACGAAGGCUCCUUCUCCAACCAUGUCAGCAUGCAGACUGUCACCUCCUUCACAGUGGUCAAACCAGCAUCAGUCAACGUCUCCCUGGCCGACAAAAAGUCGACCGUCGACCUCCUCGCCAUCGUCACCAACCUCUUCAAAACCGACGAGAUUAGUGCCUCUGACUGCAGGUCUCCUUAAGCAGGCUACCGUGCAUGUACCUCCCCAUACAAGCUCUAUUAGUUCUACGCCAAGCCAACCUCGUACAACAAACUCUCCAAAUACAAUAAUUCCACAACAACCAAGAGGGUUAUAUAGUCCACCUCAGAAUCCCUGCCUACAGUUUCCUGUUGGUGGUCGUAAUGACAGUGUAGAGACCCAUCCACGGUGGCCCAGGAUAAACGCUUCGUCUCUUAGGGUCUCUGGAUACCUGCCGAUUCCUCGUACCAGGUCCCAGGCCGCUGACCCCACUCAAGAGUCCCAAGUCACUGAUCCGAAUCCUGCACCAGAAGUACUGGCUCUUUACCCCCCGUGGAACAUCGCCUGGGCCGUCAGCAGGCAGAGCGAGUCCUCCCAAGCACACAAUUCAUGGGAGAUGAACACACUGAUAAGUCACUCCACAUUCUGCUCAGAUUUUGAAACUUUAUCGAGCGAGGAGAAUAAUUCGGCUUGUGAUUCUGAUUUUGAAGUGGCUUCCGUAAUUCCAGGAGGCAACGUAUAUAUUAAGUUUAACUCUACAGAACAUUCAGAUUCCAUACUCUCUUUCAACUGCCCUGAAACUCUCACAGUUUCAGAUUAUUUUCAGGAAGUGGGAGUGCAGGAAACAAAAGAGUACGUCAGCCGAUGCGUCGCCAAGAUGGAAUUCUUCAAGCACCUGCUGCCUCCGGGCUCUUAGGUGGAAUGUAUCUCGUUUGAGCUGACGACUGAAAUCAAACUUGCAAGUAACGGGGAGCUCUACGGUGUAAAGGUUACUACCUCGUGACGAAAAGGUUCCAGAAGAUUAGGAACGGAAGACUGAUGGUGAAUCUACCAAUCUGAGGGAUUGCUCAAGGCGCUUCGGAGGGGACUUCUUGGACUGUUGACAUGAUGCGUGACCAGUCGUGUCUCGCCGCGCCAGCCAUCAACUAUACCACAUUGAUAGGCCUUUACAUUAACCCGCAUCUUGUCUCGAUGUAAAUAUCUUGACCCUGGAGAAGGUGCAUGAGCUACUGCCGGAAUUCCUUGCGUGAAGAUCCCGGCCCUGGUGACUGUCUGGGAGUUCCUUGCGUGAAGAUCCCAGCCCUGGUGACUGCCUGGGAAUUCCUUGCGUGAAGAUC